AUGCAUUCGGUCUUGGUGAACAUUACCACUUUGUUGUUCCUAUCAAUAGGUAUUAAGAAUGAUCUGCUUUCUGUCAAAGUGAACAAGCUGUCCUCUACAAAGACGCAACUUCCAUAUCACUACUACUUCUUGCAAUACUGCAAGCCAAAGAAAAUUUUAAACAGUGCUGAAAACCUUGGAGAGGUGCUUCGAGGUGACUGGAUAGAGAAUUCAGUUUAUGAGUUUCAUAUGAGGCAAGAGACGCCCUGCAAAGUGGCUUGUAAAGUGAAGCUUAAUGCUGAAGCUGCUAAGAACUUUAAAGAAAAAAUUGGUGAUGAGUACCGGGUCAAUAUGAUUCUGGAUAAUCUCUCAGUUGCUGUGAUUAGACAAAGGCGGGAUGGUAGUCAGUCAACCGCUUAUGAAUAUGGCUUCCGUGUUGGUUUCAAAGGAAACUAUGCUGGGUUAAGUUGCAUUUUGCAGAAGGCUCCUCUACGAUACUUGUUGCUUAUUUAUGUGACAUUUGUUACUCUUCUCUAUUUUGUCAGAGCAAAGAGGAGAAGUAUUUUAUCCAUAACCACUUAA